AUGUUCCACCUUCAAUACAUUAUUCCUCGACUCGGCCCGGUUGGCGAUCAAGGAAGCAACACCCCGGUUUGGAACAGCUUCAUGACAGAUGACUUUUUCCCUCUCGAAUACAGCUGGAACUGGGACACGCUAAAGAGCGGGCCCAAGGUUCGAUACAGCAUCAAGGCCAUUGGCCCUGCUGCUGUCCACCCAACGGACCCCUUCAAUCAAACCUCGAUGCUUGAGCUAUGCGAUAAGCUUCGGACCAGCUUUCCGCAGAUAAACUUCAACUGGUUCGACAUCCUCCGACAUGCCUUUCAUGAUGAGGAUUCCUGGAUAGAGUGCGAAAAUCUCGACUGCAAAAGCCCCAGCCAAUCAUCUUCUUCGUUCCUGGCUUUCGAGCUCGAUAACGCAAUUGCUACUAAAGCCUACUUCGUCCCGGUGAAAGCGGAGCAGCAUGACCAUUCACGCUUCAAGGUAUACCGGCGCUCUCCAGAGAUGAACUUUGGAAGUGUUUGCCAGAUGAUGGAUCUGAGCGGAACUAUCAACGCACUCUCCGACAGCACUCGUGCCGAGCUGAGAGAGCUCCGGCUCCUCACUUUAAGCCUGGAAGCAAAUUUCUCCGAUACUCAGGAGCUUUACUGCGAGAACCACGAAACCGUCGGUGUCCUCUAUAACUUCGACAUCACAGCUCAUGGCACAACUCUCGAGCCCAAAUUACAUGUUCCAGUCAAGCAUUAUGCGAGCAAUGACCUUUCGGCUGCGCAAGGCCUCGGGACAUAUCUGCCAGCUCGCGGGAGAGACCGUUUCUUCUCCAACUACAUGAGAGCGCUUGAACGGACUUGCACACAUCGCAGUCUAAGCGAAGGGAGAGAUUUCCAUACUUAUGUUGGAACGGGUAUUGGCAAGGAUGGAUCACUUUCGCUGUGUUCAUAUAUCAACGGGGAGGUCUACCAUCCCGCGAGAUACCAUGCGUGGGAGGAAGUGCCAUGA